UAUGUGAAGGUGCUGGACCAUGGUCUUGCCUCAGCUCUCACCAAAUCUGAAAGGAAAAUUAACACAAACUUUCUCCUUGUUCAACCUUGUGAAGAGCUGUACACAAGCUGGUCACACAGCCAUGGACUCAGUGGAGAGUGCUAAGAAGGCAGCUGCUUAUAGAGCCGUUGACAAUCACAUUAAGGAUGCUUACAGAGUUGGGAUUGGAAGUGGAUCCACUGUUGUUUAUGCAGUUGAAAGACUUGCUCAACGCGUGCAUAAGGAAGGGUUGAAAGUGCUCUGUGUUCCUACGUCUUUCCAAGCUCGCCAGUUGAUUAUUAACCACGAUUUGGAACUCUCGGAUCUUGAAAUAACUCCUCAGUUGGAUGUAGCCAUUGACGGUGCUGAUGAAGCAGAUGGUAAGCUAACCCUAAUCAAGGGUGGUGGAGGCUGCCAACUGCAGGAAAAGAUUGUUGCCGCUGCAGCCAAACUUUUUGUUGUGGUUGCCGAUUACAGGAAGGACUCUUCAGUUCUUGGUGAACAGUGGACCAAAGGCAUUCCAAUUGAGGUUAUCCCCAUGGCAUAUCGUACAGUUCAGCUGAAAAUUGAGAUGGAACUUGGCGGGAAAGCUGUGCUAAGGCAGGCUAAAGCCAAAGCGGGUCCAGUUGUGACAGAUAACGGGAACUUUAUAGUAGACUGGAUGUUUGAGAGGGCAUAUGACUGGCAGAAAGUUAAUCAACAAAUUAAGAUGAUUCCUGGUGUGGUGGAGACUGGGUUGUUCGUUGGUAUGGCCAAAAUUGCAUACUUUGGGAUGGAAGAUGGAUCAGUGAAGGAACGAGAGGUGUAAUACAGUAAUAGGCUGGAGGGUUGUAUGUACAUCUAACUUGUAAUAGUAAAUAAUAGUUAAUCCAGUGUAAACGGUGACUUUCUAAUGAUUUUUUAUUUUAGUGUAAUCUCACUUCAGUUCCAGUGGAGGUCAAGACUCAGUAGGUUUUGUAUGAUAAUUUAAAAUUCUAUGCACAAUUGGGGAGGACUCUGAAGAAGGGGAAAAUUAUGAGGUAAAAACAUUAGAAAAAAAUCAAACCUUUAGCAACCUGACCUAACCUUUCCUAAUAUAAAACAAGGCUGGUCAUGUGGAUAAACAUACCUGGUUGUGUACAAUAAGGUAAACUUACGUCAAUUAAGGACUUAUUAUUAUGAUGUUAGGAAAGGUGAGGUUAUGUUGGCAAAGGUUUGAUUUUUUUUCAAAUAUUUUCACCCCACAGUUUUCCUCAUCUUCAGAGCCCUGACCACUUGUGCAAAACAUUGUUAUUGCUUGUGGUAGUGGCUCUCAUAUAUAUAUAUAUAUAUAUAUAUAUAUAUAUAUAUAUAUAUAUAUAUAUAUAUAUAUAUAUAUAUAUAUAUAUAUAUAUAUAUAUAUAUAUAUAUAUAUAUAUAUAUAUAUAUAUAUAUACGAACAUACUUGUCUAAUAAUGUCCAAUUGAGUAUUAGAACUACAUAUUGCAAGUACAGUUGUUAUUUAUACAUUAAAAUAUUGAUUAACUGUAUUGUGCUGUAUUUCUAUUUUGGAUGUAAUUACUUCAUAUCCUUUAAUUUUAAUUUUUUUAUAAUAGAUUGAGUAUCUACAAGAGUAAAGUUGUCCCAAGU